CGGACUCCGGGCGGGCGGACCCGGGCACCGGCGGAGGACGCCGGCCGCGCCCGGCCCGAGCCGCGCGGGAAGGGGGAACUCGGGGGCGCGGGAUCCGUCACGGGGCACGGCGAGGGCGGGGACCCCGGCCGGAGCCGGGCCGAGCGCCUGCCGCCAUGGGCUCCCUGCGGAGCCAGCGUCUCCAGGAGCCCGGAGUGCCGGGCACGUGGGAGCGGAGCCUGGGCGCCGGCUGUGGCUUUGACAGUUUCCCGCUGGAGGCCGCUCAGGGCCAGGGCGUCAGGGCCAGGGCCGUGCCAACUUUCACGGACUCGGUGGUGGAGGAGCCGGUGCCGGAUGACCGCUACCACGCCAUCUACUUCGCGAUGCUGCUGGCCGGCGUGGGCUUCCUGCUGCCCUACAACAGCUUCAUCACAGACGUGGACUACCUGCACCACAAGUACCCAGGGACCUCCAUCGUGUUCGACAUGAGCCUCACCUACAUCCUGGUGGCGCUGGUGGCCGUGCUGCUCAACAACGUGCUGGUGGAGCGGCUCACGAUGCACACGCGGAUCGCGGCCGGCUACCUCCUGGCCGUGGGCCCCCUGCUCUUCAUAAGCGUCUGCGACGUGUGGCUGCAGCUCUUCUCUCACGGCCAGGCCUACGCCAUCAACCUGGCCGCCGUGGGCACGGUGGCCUUCGGCUGCACAGUGCAGCAAUCCAGCUUCUAUGGGUACACGGGGAUGCUGCCCAAGAGGUACACGCAGGGGGUGAUGACGGGCGAGAGCACGGCGGGGGUGAUGAUCUCGCUGAGCCGCAUCCUCACCAAGCUGCUGCUCCCGGACGAGCGCGCCAGCACGCUCAUCUUCUUCCUGGUCUCCGUGGGCCUGGAGCUUCUCUGUUUCCUGUUGCACCUGCUAGUGCGGCGCAGCCGCUUCGUGCGCUACUACACGGCCCGGCCCCGCGACAGCCGCCGCGCCGGCCUGGGCUACCGCGUGCACCAUGACGUCGCCGCCGAGGACGUACACUUCGAGCACCCAGCCCCGGCCCUGGCCAGCGGCGGGUCCCCCAAGGACAGCCCGGCCCACGAGGUGACAGCCGGCGGCGGCAGGGCCUACGUGCGCUUCGACGUGCCGCGGCCGCGAGCCCAGCGGAGCUGGCCCACCUUGCGAGCCCUGCUGCUGCACCGCUACGUGGUGGCGCGCGUGAUCUGGGCGGACAUGCUGUCCAUCGCCGUGACCUACCUCAUCACGCUGUGCCUGUUCCCCGGCCUGGAGUCCGAGAUCCGACACUGCGUGCUGGGCGAGUGGCUGCCCAUCCUCCUCAUGGCCAUCUUCAACCUCUCGGAUUUUGUGGGCAAGGUCCUGGCGGCCCUGCCCGUGGACUGGCGGGGCACUCACCUGCUGGCCUGCUCCUGCCUGCGGGUGGUCUUCAUCCCGCUCUUCGUCCUCUGCGUGUACCCCAGCGGCGCGCCCGCCCUGCGCCACCCCGCCUGGCCCUGCGUCUUCUCCCUGCUCAUGGGCGUGAGCAACGGCUACUUCGGCAGUGCGCCCAUGAUCCUGGCCGCUGGCAGAGUGAGCCCGCGGCAGCGGGAGCUGGCUGGAAACACCAUGACCGUGUCCUACAUGUCGGGGCUGACGCUGGGCUCGGCCGUCGCCUACUGUACCUACAGCCUCACCCGGGACGCCCCCAGCAGCUGCGUCCACACGACCACCAACGGCUCCAGCCCCCCCGGCCUCUGAGCCAGGUCCUGCCCACUGCCCCCUCCCACCCCCAGAGGGCUGCCUGGGUCCUGGACCGGCAGCCCCCUCCCUGCCCCCGCCUGCAGUGCCUGUGGGGCCCCGGGCCUCCUUCCCGUGCCAAUGACACCACCUCGCUGGGCCUGGGCUCUCUGCAGCCCAGGCCCUGCCCAGCACCAAGUCCGUCUUCAUCUCACUCCGCCUCCAUCUGUGCCCUGGCCCGCGCUGUGUGGUGGACUCAGGCUGUCCCUGGCCAGGGCAGCCGGCCUCCUGUGACCCCGCCCUGGGCUCUGUUCCGAGGGCCCCCAUGCAUGGCCCCCAGCACAUGUCCAGGGCACCGGUCUGGGUGCAGCUGGCCCCAGGCCCUCCUCACCAGAGACCCUCUGGACGUAAGAGGUCCCUGGAGGAGACGGGCAGCCCCCAGCCUCGUCGCUUGCACCUCUCCCCUCCCCGUGUCCCCAGACUCUGGCUGCCCCCCUCUGCCGGGACCUGCCAUCCCCCCAGUCCCAGCUCCUACAGGGAGGCAAGGCUGAGCUCUGCCACACGUUGGCCAGAGCCAGCUCUGGAAACAAGGCCACCGUCCCCAUCCUGUGAGACGUGAUGUGGCGAGCAGGACAGAACUGGGGUGCUUCAGCCCGGCCCUCCCGGGGCAGGGGGCCCCAGCUGUGACCGCCCUGUCCGUGCUGUUGUCUGUCCACCUGUCUGUCCACUGACUGUACCGCACUGGCCAUUAAAAGAGGAAGGCAGAGA